GCGCCGCACCGCACCGCACCGCACGGGCAGCCGCUUCGCGGAACCCGCGGCCGGGGCCCUGGCGUGCAGCGCGGCCCUCGGUGGGGCCCAGCGGCCCGGCCCGGGAGGAUGUGGCCCGGGGCGGCCCGGGAGCUGAGCAGGGCCCCCGCGCCAGCCCCUCCGGGCCCGCACCGGAGCCGCCGCCGCCCCGCCCCCGAGAGACAUGACUUCCAAGCCGCUUUCCGACUGGAUUCCCUACAGUGUCUUAGAUGAUGAGGGCAGCAACCUGAGGCAGCAGAAGCUCGACCGGCAGCGGGCGCUGCUGGAGCAGAAGCAGAAGAAGAAGCGCCAGGAGCCCCUGAUGGUGCAGGCCAACGCCGAUGGGCGGCCCCGGAGUCGGCGGGCCCGGCAGUCCGAGGAGCAAGCCCCCUUGGUGGAGUCCUACCUCAGCAGCAGCGGCAGCACCAGCUAUCAAGUUCAAGAGGCCGACUCACUUGCCAGUGUGCAGCUGGGAGCCACCCGCCCACCCGCACCAGCCUCAGCCAAGAGAACCAAGGCAGCCGCCGCCUCAGGAGGCCAGGGUGGGGCCUCUAGGAAAGAGAAGAAGGGAAAGCAUAAAGGCACCAGCGGGCCAGCAACACUGGCAGAAGACAAGUCUGAGGCCCAAGGUCCAGUGCAGAUCCUGACUGUGGGCCAGUCAGACCACGCCCAGGACGAGGGGGAGACCGCAGCCGGCGGGGGCCCACGGCCCAGCGGGCAGGACCUCCGCGCCAAGAUGCAGAGGAAGGGCAUCUCCAGCAGCAUGAGCUUUGAUGAAGAGGAGGAUGAGGAUGAGAACAGCUCGAGCUCUUCCCAGCUGAACAGCAACACCCGCCCUAGCUCUGCCACUAGCAGGAAGUCCGUCAGGGAGGCAGCCUCAGCCCCCAGCCCAACAGCCCCGGAGCCGCUGGCAGAUGUGGAGGUCCAGGAUCUUGAGGAGUUUGGACUGAGGCCGGCGCCCCAGGGAAUCACCAUCAAAUGCCGCAUCACUCGAGACAAAAAGGGGAUGGACCGGGGCAUGUACCCCACCUACUUCCUGCACCUGGAUCGAGAGGAUGGGAAGAAGGUGUUCCUCCUGGCAGGCAGGAAGAGAAAGAAGAGCAAAACUUCCAAUUACCUCAUCUCUGUGGACCCAACAGACUUGUCUCGAGGAGGGGACAGCUACAUCGGGAAACUGAGGUCCAACCUGAUGGGCACCAAGUUCACCGUUUAUGACAAUGGAGUCAACCCUCAGAAGGCAUCAUCCUCUACUUUGGAAAGUGGAACCCUGCGCCAGGAGCUGGCAGCUGUGUGCUAUGAGACAAAUGUCUUAGGCUUCAAGGGGCCUCGGAAGAUGAGUGUAAUUGUCCCAGGCAUGAAUAUGGUUCACGAAAGAGUCUCUAUCCGUCCCCGCAACGAGCACGAGACGCUGCUAGCACGCUGGCAGAAUAAGAACACGGAGACCAUCAUUGAGCUGCAAAACAAGACGCCCGUCUGGAAUGAUGACACACAGUCCUAUGUGCUCAACUUCCACGGGCGUGUCACCCAGGCCUCUGUGAAGAACUUCCAGAUCAUCCAUGGCAACGACCCGGACUACAUCGUCAUGCAGUUUGGCCGGGUGGCAGAGGAUGUGUUCACCAUGGAUUACAACUACCCGCUGUGUGCACUGCAGGCCUUUGCCAUUGCUCUGUCCAGCUUCGACAGCAAGCUGGCUUGCGAGUAGAGGCCUCCUUGUGCCCUUUGGGGUUGCCCAGCCUGAAGUGGAGCCUGCCUGCCUUGCCUGCGGAGACAGCCCUGCCUACCCUCUGUUCAUAGGCCUUCUGCCAGAUGAAGCUUGGGUCCUCGGCAGGCUCCCGGGCCUAACCCACCCAGGAACUGGCCCCUCUGCCUCGGCUGCUGGGGCAAGGGAGUAGCAAGUGGGUAUGAAGGGAUGAGAAUAAUUCUUUCUGUGCCCCAAGAUCAACACACACCUCCAUUUUGGGGUACCCUGCUGCAGUCAUGUUUGCAGUGCUAGGUGCCUCUCCAAUGGGAAGGCCAGAAGAGGAAUAUGGGGGAAGGAAGCACAAGCAGGGCUGUUGUGGCCCCUCCAUCUUCCCGGCCCAGAAGACAGAUGACAACAGGUAUCCCCAAAGGUGGGGGUACAGAGUGUAUGUGUGUAUAAGGCACAGAAGCUUCAUGUAGCAAAGCACUGAGUGGCCAACCCUGACCCCUCAGGCCCCACUCAGGCCUGACAAAUUAAGGGUGGGAAGGAGGAGGUAAGUGACAGGAUUGCAGGGCGAGCUGGGGCUGUGGGAUCAGCUGGUGGCUUAGCACUCUAGCUCAUUUGUCUUGCCAGGUUUGCUCUGUGCUUGCAGAGGCCAAUGGGAAAACAGGUCUCAAGGCCAAAUGUCUUAGUGGAUAGGGCCUACAGGAGGAUGCUCAAAAGGCUCCCUGAAGCAGGGCUUUCCUGGGAACCCUGCCAUUGGGCCGAGGAGCUCCUGGCUGAGCAACCCCAGAAUCACCCCCGAGAACCAUAGAUGGAUUACAAGUCACCGGUUCUUGCCAGCAACGCACCAUUCUCAAACCAUGGCAUGCUCCAGGAAGAAUCUCCUCUCUGAGGAAACCUGCUCCCACUGCUGUCAGGCUGUCAUGGUGGUGAGGGCUACCGUGUGUGGUUCCUUGUAGGAGGCAAUGGGGCAGGGUGAGGAGGAAAGACUUCAGGAUGAGAUCAGACGUGGCAGGUUAGGGCCCUUACUACUUUUGGUGAACCACACUGAGAAAAUGGGACUUGUGCUGGGGUACCUAGUUGUUUAAUGGAAGAGCCCAGGAUUUUAAGUCCGUUUUUUUUUUCUUCUGUUGUUGUUGUUGUUCCCCUUGUCCCCCAAGGGAUGAGUAUCUCCAGCUCCCUAACCUAGUGGAGUCCAUUCUGCAUGCUCCAUCCCCUUCCCGAUUCGAAGCAGAGUUGACAGGUUAAGUGGAGACCAUUUCAAUAGAGAGCCAGGCCGUUCCCUGUUGGAAGCUGUUCUUUUGCGGUUUGUUCAGUUUGGUUAGGACUGGCCUGUGCCUGGCCCGCUAUGAGGCUCGCAGGGCCACUGCACAGGUGGGACAGGCAGUCUGCCUGUCCCAGGUGGGGCUGCUCCCUCCACUGCCACUGCCACUUCUCUCUGGAUGGCACCAUUCAUGGUGCAGACUUGGGAACACUGAACUCUUGCCUAUUUGUCAUUUGCCCUAGCAGAGGCUUCUUGCCCAGAUGGAGACUAGCAAACAGUAAAUGGACCUUGCUUUAUAGUAGAUAUGCUUAGAAAGGCUAAGUAGAAUUUUUUUUU